CUAAGUUCGUUUCAUUGAUCACACGAGCAGACCGGGCCAAGCUUUUGAAGGUUGCCGGUAAUGGAUGGUGGUGACCAUUGGUGGGUGAAAGGACGGUUGAACUCAAAUAACGUGGUUUAUUGAAUUUGUAUGGUAUUAACUACUUUAUUUUUCGCGGAUAUAUACAUAAAAAGCCAAAAAAACCCGCCGCCAUUGCCCUCAAAAAGUUGCAAAAUCUAACUGAUAUAAAAAGGAAAAUUAUAGGGAAAAGAGAAGGAAGAACAUCCUUUAGUUAUCAGGGGUUUGCAAGCUAAUUGAAUUGGGGAAGGAUAAUUUUUCGUUACUGCAUUGUUGGAGAAGAAAAAAGAUUAACCUAUAAAUGAUGGGUUUUACGCUGUGGCCUUCUUCGGCUGAGGUUUCAUUUUCUUGUUUGAAGUCGAAAUCUGUUGUUCCAAAAGCUUUCAGUAGACCUGGUGAGUUGAGCAGGAAAGAAAAACAAAGUGGAGGCCGAAAGAAAAUGUAUGUUUCAUGCCACCUGGUCCCCGGGCAAUUGGAAGGGUCAGAAGUAGGGAAGAUAAAGCCCCAUGAGCCGGCUUCGAAGUUGGAAUAUGUUAAGACAUUGUUGAUCGACAAUUACGAUAGUUACACAUAUAACAUUUAUCAAGAGCUUUCCGUCAUUAAUGGAUUGCCUCCAGUGGUGAUUCGUAAUGAUGAUUGGUCUUGGGAAGAUGUUUGUUAUUACCUGUAUGAAGCGAAAGCAUUUGAUAAUAUUGUAAUAUCCCCUGGUCCUGGUUCUCCGGCAUGCCCAGCUGACAUAGGAAUAUGCCUCAGGCUGCUGCUUGAAUGCAGUGAUAUCCCUAUUUUAGGUGUUUGUCUUGGUCACCAGGCUUUAGGUUAUGUCCAUGGUGCUCAGGUCAUUCAUGCUCCCGAACCUAUUCAUGGACGUUUGAGUGAUAUUGAGCAUAAUAACUGUGAGUUGUUCCAUGGGAUCCCCUCUGGAUCAAAUUCGGGACUUAAGGUGGUUCGAUAUCACUCCCUUGUGAUAGACCCGAGCUCACUACCCGAGGAAUUAAUACCUAUAGCCUGGACAUCUUCAUCUGAAACAAUCCCGUUUUUUGGUAUCGAAAAAUUCGAUUCAUACACAGGUGGUUUUGAGAGACAUGCUGCCUUUCACAAUUUAGGUCAUUCUUUAUCCGCAAAUUCAAAGACUGCGGAUAUGAAGAAUGGAAAUAUUCUUAUGGGAAUUAUGCACUCCAUUAGACCUCAUUACGUUUCAUCCAGAGAGUGUUGCUACUUGUCAUGGGAGGCAAAUAUUCAAAAACUUUGCAGAAAUCACAAAGGACUAUUGGUAUGGAUUGAGAUCGUCCUCAGGAAACAAGAGGAAGGCUCAUCAUUCUGUGAUCUUUACUUAGCAUGCAUGCAGGUGCCUGAUGUAACUCAGCUAUUGCAAGAUGCGGUAAGAAAUAAGCAUUUGGUGAAUGGAUUGGGCUACAGAAAGACUGGUCUCGGGAGCUCAAUUAGUACACCCCCUUCAGGAAAAACAAAAUUUUUAAAGUUGAAAUGGAGAAAAGUUGAAUGUUCUGUCGGCCAAGUUGGUGGGGCAGAAAAUAUAUUCUUCGAGCUUUUUGGAGAUCGCCAAGCAGGGAACACAUUCUGGCUGGAUAGUUCAUCAACUGAGAUGCGCAGAGCUCGCUUUUCCUUUAUGGGUGGUAAAGGAGGGUCACUCUGGAGACAAUUGACAUUUAGAUUGCUGAACAAGAGAUUGGCUGAUAUGGCAUUUAAUAAUCAUGGAGGCCAUCUAUCAAGUGAAGAUGCUGAUGGCAACAUUACGAGGAGUUACUUGGAAGAUGGAUUUUUUAACUUUUUGAAUCAGGAGCUCCAGUCAUUUCAAUAUGAUUCAGCAGAUUAUGAAGGAUUGCCUUUUGAUUUCUAUGGUGGCUUUAUUGGUUACAUCGGGUAUGAUCUUAAAGUUGAAUGUGGGGCCCACACGAACCACCACAAAUCAAAAGCCCCCGAUGCUUGCCUUUUCUUUGCAGAUAACCUCGUUGCAAUAGAUCAUCAAUGUGAUGAUAUUUAUAUCUUAUCUAUAGUCGAAAACUGUGCAAGUACAACACCGUGGAUGGAUAAAAUCGAGCAAAAGCUUCUGAAUAUGAAACUUUAUCCACCAACAAAAUCCAAGUCUUUAUCAUUCAUACUUUCCCAAAAGAAAUCUGCCGGAAAAAGAUUUGCAGCCGAGAAAUCAGAGGAGCAAUAUAUGGCAGACAUUGAGAGAUGUAAGGAACUUAUAAAGGAAGGGGAAAGUUACGAGCUGUGCCUUACAACACAAAUGAGGAUGAUAACUGUUGGCGAAAUAAAUCCUUUGGGAUUAUAUUCGAGCCUUCGAGAAAAAAACCCGGCUCCAUAUGCCGCAUGGCUCAGUUUUCCAAAAGAGAAGUUGUUUAUUUGCUGUUCUUCGCCCGAGAGGUUCUUACGGUUGGAUAGAGACGGUGUUUUGGAAGCUAAGCCUAUUAAAGGGACUGUAGCUCGUGGGGCAUCUAGGGACGAAGAUGAAAUGAACAAGCGUCGAUUAAUGUAUAGUGAGAAGGACCAAGCCGAAAACCUAAUGAUCGUGGACCUCUUGCGAAACGAUCUGGGACGCGUUUGCGAACCCGGCUCCGUUCACGUGCCCCGGCUCAUGGAAAUCGAGUCCUACGCCACAGUCCACACAAUGGUCUCCACAGUCCGCGGCCACAAGCUGCCCGACAUUGGUGGGGUCGAUUGUGUCCGGGCAGCUUUUCCGGGCGGGUCGAUGACCGGAGCACCAAAACUGAGGUCAAUGGAGAUUCUCGAUUCCUUGGAGAGUGAAUCUCGGGGAAUCUACUCGGGGUGUAUCGGGUAUUUCUCUUACAACCAAACCUUUGACCUAAACAUUGUGAUAAGGACGAUUGUUGUACAUGAUGGCGAGGUGUCGAUUGGUGCUGGUGGGGCCAUCACCGCACUUUCGAACGCUAAAGACGAGUAUGAGGAGAUGGUGCUGAAAACGAGGGCGCCAAGUGAGGUUGUUUCGGAAUAUUUGGAGAGGGAAAAUGAAAAAAAGAAGGUUAGGAAUUUGAAAUGAGUUUCUUAGGAAAAUAUAAGAAAGCUGAUGAUGAUGAUGAUGAUGAUG